AUGGCAGUCGAUAUUAUAAACAUAGCAACGCAUGGAGAAAUUGAAGAUAUCAGCUCUCUGUCUACAGAGAUGGUGAAGUUAGCUUCAGAAGAUCCUGAAAUACUAGAGCAGCGUAAUGAAAAUGGCAAAUCUGCGCUUGAUAUUGCCUCAAUGCUUGGAAGAACGCAAAUAUUACAAGAAUUAGUGAACGGUGGAGCAAAUCCCAAUAGUUCGACUGCGAAUGGAUACACAUCAUUACAUCAUGCUGCUGCAUGGGGGAGGUUAGAUUGUGUCAAAAUUCUUGUUGAAAAUGGGUCUGAUCUCCAACAGAAAACAAUAUACGACGAAAGAGCAAGAGAAUGUGCAGCAAGAUAUAACCACCUUGAUUGUGUGGAAUUUCUUGAUAAAGCCGAAGCAAGAGCUGGUCUAAAAUCACUGAUUCAAUCAUUCAAAGAUACAAUUGCCGACCCUGAAAAGCACAUGGGAAGACUCAGUAAAGAUGACAGGAUUACAGGAAACAAAGCCUGUGAUGAAAGAAACCACUGGAUGGAAAAUAACAAAGAAACAUCAAGCCUAGAUGAGAUCAAGAUGACAAAACAGGACCUUGAAGCCAUCUUGCAGCCAAUAUUUGCAAAGCUGAAGGAACAGAUGGAUGUGCCAGCAACUUCCAAAUCAAGGAACAGGAAUACCAAAUCUCCUUUGCCAUCAAAGUAACAGAACAAAGAAUUAGAAGCUUACAGACUCUUAAAAUUGUAAAUAUGUGCAUAAUGACUCAACUAGGCCAAUUGAGAAAGGUGCAGUGAUGCAUAAUGGCAACUUUACUUUUUUCAUCCAGAUUACUCUUUGAUCUUUUUGAAAACCAAUUUUAAGUGGUUAACAGGAUAAACGUUUUACAUAUUCAUCCAGUAAAUAUAAAGAUGCAGUAUAUUCUUAUUUAUAAAUAAACUAUAACAAAAUCCAACUUUACAAUUAUUGUCCAAGCUAUUUUUGGUCCUUGAACCAAUUAAAGUUUGCAGACCUCUUUCUGUGUAUGAUACUACCUACAUAAUGUAUUUAAUGACUUAAAAAUAAUAAAGCAGAACUGACCAAAGUGUCAUUCUUUAUUUUUGACAAGCAUGUUUGAUGCAAGGCUCAAAAAUGAUAUUGUGGUUCCAAUUUUUACAUAGAAUCUAAAUGUUUACUUAAAGUAUCACCGUCUUUUCACCUUGAUUAAAAAAAAUUGAUUUCGUUUACAAAAAAACCCAUUCUAAAAAACGAAGAAAACCCUAAGUUUUGACAAUGAAACCAAACAUCUUUUUUUCCCGGAGUGAAACCAGAGUGAUUUAUACAGUUUAUUGCCAGCCAAACCCUUCACACUGUGGCAAUGUCACCACUCCAACACCCCCACCAAGCCUUCUGUAAUUCAUCCCACUUUGCAACACCCAUUGGUUCUUUGCAACAUCAAAAACUUCAAUAGUUUUAAGAUAGGUUGUCCCAUCAAAGCCUCCAACUGCUAUAAGCUGGCCAUUUACCACAGACAAUCCUACUCCACUUCUUCUUGAAUUUAAAGCAACAACUGGUGACCACUGAUUAGUCUGUGGCUCAUAUCGCUCUGCGCUGCUCAGCUCUGUUGCAUCAUCCCUGCCACCAACUGUAAUAGAUAAAAAAUCCAUAAAUUACAGUAACAAUUUCAAGAAUCAGUCUCUCCUCAUUACCUCAGAACAAAAUCCCAUAUUUAGCUAUGACAUUCAAACAACCUUUUAGUGGUACAAAAUUUUUAAAUGGCUUUGAAAUAAGCAAGCAAUAGGCAGAUUAUUGGUAAAGUUGUUUCACCUAGCAGUUUUAGAAUCUAUCUACAUAAACAUGAAAAAGACUGCUAUUGUGUACACAGAAGGAGGUUGUUUUCACCUUAGGAAUCCAUUGGUAACAUUUUAAUAGGCAAGCUGCACUGAUUGGGCAACCUCAACAAUCAUUUGCUCGCGUUUCUGAUUGGCCUUUUUCGAUCCACAAUUGGGUAUGUAAGCGUGGUUUUCAAUCUAUGUUCUGACGUUUUAUACUCUGAAGAGUGUCAGGCUAAAAGCUUUUGACGCGAAACAUCAUUCCUUGAUUAGCACUUUUCUGACAUUCAGUGUUAAAGUUAAUAAAUAAAUGUUUGAAUCUUAUCCAGCUCCUUGUGUUUGUUGUUGUGACAAUAGUUGUUUAAGUGAAUGCUCUGAAUUGAAAGGACCAUUCUACGAAUAACCUUCAGUUCACUGCAAUUCCGGCAUGACCACGCAAGCUUUGGUAAAAAUUGAUGAAAGAGACCCUUGCAUGAAGAUUAACACAUCUAUAUUUGGAACACAGUAAACGCUUGGAGAACUCCACUUUAAACUCAGGUCAUUCACUUCAAACAUUAUUUUGUUUUCAAGCAAUUGUUAUAGUAAUUAAUUAUAUGUUGUAUUGUGGAAAUUCAAACCAAUGUAUUGAAGCGGCUUUUAGCAAUUCUCCCCCAAUAACUGGCAUAUACUUUAGCAGUAAUUUCAUUCACUUACCAACAUAUAUGCAUCCUUGGUAAACUGCAGCACCAAGAUGCUUUCUUUUAGUUCCCAUAGGACGCACAGGAAUCCACUGGUUUCCUUUAGGAUCAUACUUUUCAACAGUAUUUAAAGGAGACGUGCCAUCACUUCCCCCUAUUGCAUAGAGAAAACCAUCCAGUACUGCAACAGCAACACCAAGUCUCCUUGUACUCAUUGGCGACACUCUGCUCCACUGGUUCAUAGUGGAGUCAUAUUUCUCAACAAUAUUGAGGCAAGAGACUCCAUCUUGGCCUCCAACUGCAUACAUAAAUCUAAAACAGAUCACAAUAAGGUUGGUUGCAAACAAGUGUUUGUGAUAAGGGAAGGUCUGAAAAAUGUUUCCAGUAUGGUUAUCCCUAUUGUCCCCUCACCUCUCCUCUAUUCAAUUCACAAAAACCUGCUGAUUUGUCCAAGCCACUUUUA